CUGGCUUUCUCUAGGAUGACUGAUUCAGCUUACAGAGUAGACACCACCUCCAGGCUCGCCCAAUGGCGUAUCCUCAACCUCUCUUCCUCCACUUACCGCAAGUCCGAUCCUUUCAAGAUGGGUCUUUGGAACUGGCAUUUGUCUGUAGAGAAAAGCAAGAUGCUAUUAAAUGUUAAGUUGUAUCCAGAAGUAUCCAACCUCUCCAGAGAAAACCCACCUGUUGCUUCCUUUGUUCUUCGUGUUGUCUCUUCUUCUGGUGAGAGGAAAGCUUUUUCUCAUCCAGAAGUAAUAGAUAAGAAGAUCAAGACUAACGAAGAUUUCCUCUGGACCAUUGAAGUUCCCUUAACUGGAAAAAUCAUCAUCGACGUCGAGUUUCUUGACCUCAAAGUUCUGUCUCAAGAUAGUGGAGAGUUCUACUCGAUUUGGGCAGACGGUUCAACGCAGAACCAAUCAGAAGUUACAGCGGUUACAUCCCUUGGACGUAUGUUGACAGAAAGCAUCUACACAGACGUAACGAUCAAUGCCUCUGGUGGAAGCAUCGGAGCACACCGAGCUGUCCUCGCAGCCCGUUCACCUGUUUUCCGCAGCAUGUUUCUACAUGACCUGAAAGAGAAAGAACUGUCAGCCAUAAACAUACCGGACAUGCCUCUCGAUGCUUGCCGAGCGUUCCUCGGUUACAUCUACGGAAACAUCCAGAGCGAAGACUUUCUAACGCACAGGUUGGCGCUUCUCCAAGCAGCUGAUAAGUAUGACAUUGCUGAUCUGAAAGACGCGUGCCACCUGAGUCUUGUGGAGGAUAUAGACGCGAAGAAUGUGCUCGAGAGGCUGCAGAACGCUUAUCUCUACCAGUUGCCUGAACUGAAGGCAAGCUGCAUGAGGUAUCUUGUGAAGUUUGGGAAGAUAUUUGAGAUCCGGGAGGAGUUCAACAUAUUCAUGCAGUGCGCAGACAGAGAUUUGAUAUCUGAAGUCUUCCACGAAGUCCUCAGUACAUGGAAAGGGUUUUAGAAUGUGGUAUUUGUUAUUACAAGAACAUUUAUUUAUGGACUCUGUUUGCUUUUUGGGUGCAGAAGGAUUUGUUGGUCUUUUAUGUACAGAUUACAAAGUACAGUAUGCGAUUGGAUUGUUGUUGGUGGGGGUUUUUACUCAAAACCUCCAACAAAUAUUUGUCCUUGCAAAAGGGUUAAAAAACAGCAGCAAUGUAAAUUCAUGAUUUGAUUGAAUGAAAACUUCAAGUUUGAAUCGUUGAC